UUCCCACCGGAGCAGAGAUGAAGCAGGGUACUCCAGGAUCUAUCUGACCCAGUCGGUGGGGGGGUCAUGGGAUCUGACUUCUCCAGGAGGCCUCCAGCCCAUGUUGAAAGUAAAGCUUAACUGCCAAGUGUGGAGGAUGCAGGCAGGGAAGGGCGUGCAUGCCUGCCAGGGCAGAACACUGGUGCAGAGAUUUGGCAGUGGGGCUCUCAAGGGCCCCUGCUGGUGGGGCCUCGGGAGAAAAGGAAUGAAGCCAUAACACUCAGACACACCAACUGGAAUUCUCUGCCCCAUGCGUUACCCACUUCGGGGACUAAGUCCAGUGGCCUUUGUGCCCGGACUGCCGGGGUUAUACCCCUGUAUGGGACUCCUAGCAAGGAUGAGAAGGAGAAGCCGGAGGACUUGAGGGUCAAUAUUUGGGCAGAGUAGCCUGGCUCUCUGCCUUGAUCUUGCUGCCUUUGGGAGCAAAGAACCCAGGAGUCCCACUGAGCGGUCGCAAGGGGCUCUCUUCCUGUGCCCCAUAAACCCUUGUUCCUCCUACACCUGCCCCGACUUUCUCCAUGGGGUGUGUGUGUGUGUGUGUAAAAACUAGUGUUUUCAUCAUCCCCUAAGGACUCUGGGCAAGAACAGGCAUUAAAGGGGAAGAGGAAAGAGGGUGUCCUGGGACUGAGAGACGCUAGACCGGCCGUGGGGCGGGGGCGACACGCUGUUUCAAGAGCGGGUUUCCUCCCCAGGCAAUCCUUGUGGUGUCCUCCGUGGUGUGUGUCCGUUGCUGUUUUUUUCUUCUGGUGACUUGAGAGUGCUUUCUGGAUAAUACCCUUCACCUGCACCCCAGCAUGGAGUGUGUGCAUUAGUUACCAAUGACAAGGGACCCCACUGGCUCUCUCCCUCCCCUCCAGAUCUAGGUAGGACUCCCAGUGCCCACGUAGUCCCUCAGGUUUGGGCUGUAAAUGUCAAGCCCUGACUAGCCACCCGGUAUUCAGAAAAAAAUGGACUCAAGGCCCAGAGAGAUCGAUGCCCACCUCAGCGUCAAAAAUAGGACCUUGCGUGGACGGCCCCCACCCCUGCUUUGUCAUGAGGGGGAUCCAGAGAUUGCUGCAGUCGGUAGAUCUAGAAAUAUAGUAGUUGUGUCUCGGUUCUAUCUAUAUAUAUCCGAGAGACUUCUCUGCUCACUAUAUAUACUCCACCAGAGUGGGUGUGUAAGUGGUGCUGGAAAGCAGGUUAUUAAAUAGCAGCCUGCCUUCCUACCCGUGCUGACUCAAGCUGGGCCUCCUGCCCAUCCAGCUGGUCACUGGAAAUGCAGUAUCCCUAUUAAUUACAGUGAUUGGAUGUAUUACCCGGGACUGGGGGUGGAUCCUGACGGGACCAGCUCCAUAGAAGGCAUUCAGCUGUGCAGGACAAGCACGUUGGAAGUCUGUCCCAAAGGAGCUCCCCAGGAACUGUCCAGACAGUCACCACAUGGGUCCCGCCUGGUUCCUCAAGAGACCGGAAAGCUACUUCACAGGUGUGCCUUGAGUGAGCAGGGCACCAACUGUACCAUUUCUGCAGGAGAUGAGGGGGAGGCGGGUGCCUUGUGCUUCUGCUCACCCUCACCGGCUUUCUCCCGGUGUUCUUCCUAGAGAGAGAAGCCAUUCCCAGCAGGCCUGUGGUGCUGGCCUGACCUCUGGGUAGGAUGCCUACCUUCCUGUUCCAAGCUGACUGGAAGGCGUCUCUUUCCCUCUCACAGCAGGAUUGUUUAGGGACAGGAUGGGCAGAGACGUGAAAGGGGGGUGUGGUGGGGGGAUGACGACCAUACCGAUGAGUAACACAAGGAGAAUUGAAAUGAGUGGAUAAAGAGUAUGCUUCCCCAGCCUGGGCCCAUAACCCCUGGCCAGACUCCUGUGUUCCACCUCAGGCCUACCCCGGCCUCAACCUUCACCUCAGACUGGCCUUUUACCUGAGGAAGGAAAGGUAUGCCACCCUCCCGGCCCUUUGUGCCGUGCAGGAACUAAAUACACUGCCUGUUAGCUGGAGGCCCUCCCUUUCUGUCUGCUUUCCACACGACCAGGACAGCAUUAGAGGGAUUGUGUGCUGCCUUGUGUCCCUUGUAAGGGUCUCUAGGAGUUUCAGACAACUUGGGAUUGUUAGGGAAGGACAGACUCUGAGACUCCAUUCUAGAUAUGUAAGUAGAGGCUUCUUCAGCCUGUAAACUCCCGCAUCUGGAGUGUUGGAUGUGUGAUCUCAAGAGUCCAGUGGACAUCCCACCCCCACCCCCACAUGUGAUAUUGGAACCUGCAUGAAAUGGCAUGUCCAGAGACUGGUUUAAGCCUGCGUGCUUCCUGUUCAUCAGCUGCAGCUGUGUGGGGAUGAGGUGAGGCGGAAGGCCAGGGACAACACAGGUAGCAGCUGGGCUUCCUGGUUUUUUUGUUGUUGUUGUUGUUGGUUUGGGUUUGGGUUUUUUCAAGGUUUCUGGGUUUCUCUGUGUAGUUUUGGUGCCUGUCCUGGAUCUCACUUGGUAGACCAGGCUGGCCUUGAACUCACAGAGUUCUGCCUCCCGAGUGCUGGGAUUAAAGGCGUGCGCCACCACUGCCCGGCUGGCCUUCCUCUUAAGGUGAUGCCAGUUCCACAUGUAGCAGGAAAUGAGAAGCUGUGGUUUGGUGGCGGAACUCCUUUACUUGACGAUACGACAGGCAGCAGCCUCGGGGAGCCCCAAGGGUUCUGGGAACGAUAACCCCAGCUUGCUUCUCUUCUUGCUUCUCUCCUACUCUCCUACCCUGCCUUUCCCUACAGAUAUCUGGUGAGCAUUCCCCGCCUGGCCCAGGGCAUGCCCCAGUUCACUUUCGCCUGUUUCUGUGGUCUUCACGGCUUCUGCAAGAUGAAGAGGAAGAAGGAAGACGUUCACAGAGAGCGGGAAACAGCGGUGUGAGCAGAACCAGGGCCUCCUUGUCAGCUCCCAGUGGCUCCAGGCCUGAGGCUGCUCACUGUUGUGGAGCUCAGUGCCUGUGCCUCCGUCUUCAUCCAACGGGAGUCUGACUGCCGUGAGGGCAUCCGCCUCUUGAGCCUUCUUAUGGCCACCCCUAUUAGCUUCCAGUCUUCUGUGUUCCUGGAGCGAGGCCUCAGCUACACAAAGGGAUUUCCAGGACCCACCACUUGCCUUCUUCACCAGACUGGGCAAGGAAUGAGGCUCCCAGGCUCGUCUCAGGGCUACGUCUCCCAUGAGGCUAAUGUGACCUUGGGAGAGGAAAGUAGCUGCUCCUACAAACGCCUUGGAGAGUUUGAUGUUUGAGACAC